AUGGCCUCGACGUGUAUAGUGCAGGAACAGUCGCAUGAUGCUACUGACCACAUCAUGCUCGAGGCUCUGCCGCCGAACGACCGGUAUGGAACAGAUACAGGAUCAAAUGAGUCGCCCAAUAUGUUUCAUGCGCUGGAGAAAUGGAACCACCCCCGGAUCAACGUCUAUCGCUCUUUGGCAACGUUCUGGAGCUUUCUGGUGAUGGGGGCCAACGAUGCCGCGUACGGUGCCUUGAUUCCAUAUCUCGAAUCAUACUAUCACCUUACCUACACAGUAGUGUCUCUCGUCUUUCUAUCACCCUUAGUGGGAUAUACGCUUGCCGCCUUCUUGAACCACCGUAUUCAUAGCACCCUUGGUCAGCGCGGGGUAGCGUUGAUCGGGCCUGGGUGCCAUCUCAUCGCCUACGUGGUUAACUGCGUGCAUCCUCCCUAUCCCGUUCUCGUGGUCUCGUUUAUCUUUGCUGGAUUCGGGAAUGGGCUAGAGGACGCCGCGUGGAAUGCAUGGAUCGGAAACAUGGCCAAUGCAAACGAACUGCUGGGUCUUCUCCACGGGGUAUACGGGCUCGGCGCCGUGUUGAGUCCGCUGAUUGCGACUUCGAUGAUUGCGCGGGCCAAUAUGCCGUGGUACUAUUUCUAUUAUGUGAUGGUGGGCUGUGCCGCCAUUGAACUUGCGACCUGCAGCGCAUGCUUCUGGAGAGCCACUGGUGCCGUCUUCCGGGCUGCCAAUGCGCAUUCGACAGAGGACAACAAGAAGGGUGGUCUUCGGAAUGCGCUUUUCACGCGCCCCUCUGCUCGCGUGACUUGGCUGUGCUCGCUCUUCCUGUUGGGGUAUGUCGGUGUCGAAGUCGCUCUGGGCGGCUGGAUUGUUACCUUUAUGAUCCGCGUCCGACAUGGUGGUGCUUUCGCUAGUGGUAUGACAGCCACUGGCUUCUGGCUAGGCAUCACGGUUGGGCGCGUCAUUCUGGGCUUCGUCACUCCCCGCAUCGGAGAAAAGAUGGCGAUUGCGGGAUAUAUUCUGUUGUCGAUGGCCUGUGGACUUGUUCUAUGGCUUGUGCCCCAGUUUUAUGCGUCUGCGGUGGCCGUGUCCCUGCAGGGGUUCUUUCUCGGGCCUCUGUUCCCGGGCGCCGUCGUAAUGGUUACAAAGCUUCUUCCUCGACACCUGCAUGUCAGUUCCAUCGGCUUCUGCGCUGCGUUCGGCGGCUCGGGGGCCGCCAUUCUCCCCUUUGCCGUGGGAGCACUGGCGCAGGCCAAAGGUGUGCAGGUACUGCAGCCGUUCAUCAUUGCCUUGUCCGGGGCGAUCUUUCUCGCCUGGCUGGGAUUACCGCGCGUGUCAAAGGGGCCACGGAGCGAGUAG